CCAAUUUUAAUCUCUUUCAAAUUGGAUUCUCCUCGUCAGAAAGAAUCUUAAAGUUAGUUUUUCAUUCCAGAGACUUUUUGGAAAGUGGGUUUGAGGUGUGGACAGUUUUGGGAAAUACUAAACAACGAACUCGACGUAUGAGAAGAAGAGCUGCCUCAGUCCUUACUUAUUUAAAAUCAGCCGUCCCAAAGUUUCACUCCAAAUAUGGAGCCUUGGUUGCCUAUGCACUCAAGUCUUUGAUAGCCGCGUUAUAUUACAUUUUAGUUUCAGUUAGCCUCACCGUUUUCAAUAAGUCUAUUUUUCAAAAUUAUGACUUUCAAGAAACUACCAUACUGGUUAGCAGUCAGCUAUCCAUUACUAUUCUUCUUCUUUUUAUCCUUCAAAAGAUGGAAUUCAUUUCGACCAAUGGUUUUCAGUGGGACUUGUUUGUUGCCUGUUUGCCAUUAGCUUUGUCUUACUAUUUGAUGUUGGUUACAAGUAUGGUCGGAUUGAGAGACACAAAUCUGGUGAUAUACAAUACCUUGAGAAGAACUACUGUAUUCUUUGUUCUCAUUUUAGAAAAGGUUAUCCUGGGAAAGAAAGCUUCUUGGGAAGUUGUAGCUAGUGUUAUAGUGAUGUUGUCUGGCACUAUGGUGGCUGCUAUUUUUGAUAUGUCUUUUUCCAUUUAUGGCUAUUUUAUGGUUUUUUCGGCAAACCUGACAACGGCAGUCUAUUUGGUACUCAUUCGAUAUACCCGAGAUCAGACAAAAUUAGAUAACUUUGGUAUUCUGUAUUAUUGUUCACUCUCAUGUCUACCUCUGUUCUUAUUGACAGGUAUAUUGGAUGGAAGUUUGAGAAGACUAUUUAUGCAUGCUCCCCGCUAUGAGUUUUCAUUUUGGCUAUUUUUUAUUUUAGCUUGCUCAUUUGGAUUUGUAAUCAAUCACUCUAUUUACUACAAUACCACGACAAACUCUGCCUUGACUCAAAAUAUUUCAGCUCAAGUGAAAGAUUUGGCGUUGCUUGUUUCUAGUUAUUAUUUCUUUCAUCCUCAAAAGUCAUCAACUUGGGGUCAUAUUGGAGUCGCCACUAGUUUUGUUGGAGGCCUCUUAUACGUCUUAGCCAAAGUCAUGGAAAUGAAAAGAACACUGGAAGAAUUACCUAAUAAAUAAGAAGAUACUCAUAUUGUAUAUCAGUAUAUCCAUAUGUAUAUUUAUAUUUAUAUAUGGAUAAAUAGAUAAGGAUAACG